AUGAGCGGAAAAGGCCUUUCUAAAGUCAUUCGUGGCGGCGAAUGCUUAUUCAAACAUGCGCCCCUAGUUUCGUCCAGACGACAGCGAUCAUUCACGAAUUCUCCAGUAUGUCCAAGAGCUGGCCAUGUUCCAUCUUUUUUACCAACCUCCUCUCCUGAGCUUGACGACCUACUGUCUAAAUACCGAAAGAACCUCUUCCUACCCGCACACCUUUCAGAGUACGAUCAAGAGCUUGUAUACGGGUCGAGACAUGCACCAGCACUUUUGAGUGACCCAGUCAAGGUCCAUAUUGGUGAGGAGGAAUUCGUCCUAGAGCAUAUAAACCGUUUAACAGAUUUACCACACACGACCAAGGGAUUUAGAAAAGUUCUCAACCUCAUGACCGAUAACAAAGAUUGGGAUAAUCUGCCAAAUUUACUCGAGGGGCUUCGCGAUUGUAAGCGGCCCUUAACCCAACCAUUAUAUUGCCAGAUGAUUCGGAAAGCCGGUUUAAUGGGACGCAUGGAUGCCAUUAUCGAGUCGGCAAGAAGAGUUCGCGCUACAGGAUUCAGCUUGCAAGAUGAAGAAGUUGUCCAAACUGUCAUGUAUUGGAUUUAUCACAAGGCAAAGAACAGUGGUUUUGAAAAGAAAGAGACGAAACAGGCUCUCGCAUGGGCGGAAAUGGUGGUAGAUCUACUCGAGGAUCCAAAACAUGCUGGACAUAAGGAUCCUUUCCUUGAUACGGAUGAGAAUGACGUUCGGGCUCUUCCGGAUGUCAUUGGCAUACUACUGGAUUUGUCUGCAAUUUGUGCUGCAAAAGAGACAAAUAUGAAAGAUGUGGAUGGGAAGGUCAUGACUUAUACUACAAGGCUGCUCGGGACGCCAUACGACUUGAGCGCUGCCGAACUCAAUUUGAAUAGGCCCGAGGUACGAGUGUAUCCAAGUUCCAAACGCGUCCAUUCAGAACUGGUCAAUGAAUACAAAGAUAAUGGUGAAGAACGUUCUGCAGAAGAUUUAGAGAAAAAGACUCUCCGGGCUAAAAAUCAUUGGCUUGUAGCUGCAGCACCGGUGCUGCAUGGGAUGAAAAUAGCACUGAAGAUUUUCGGCCCGGAAACAAAGGCGUCAUCGAGGCUGAAGGCGAGCAUAUCUCAAUUAGAGUCCCGAGUCAACAGGUACGCAUCCGAUCUAGAGGGAGUUUCUGCGGGCAAUUUGGGCCUUAGGACUUAUAUCGAUUUGUUUGGCUCAGAAUCCACGAAAGUCGAUUAA